CUCACAUGUUCCUUCGACUUUUCCGUCAAACCUCAAUUCUUUCUCUCCAUCCAUUCUUCUCGAAUCAAGCCCAGUCCCAAAGCAAAUCGCGAAUCACCUCCGUUCUCCGUCCCCCACCCACAUCCACAGCCAUACAUCAUGUCCGCCUUCCUGUCCUCGUUGCGUCCUGCCAUGCGCGCCACUUCUGGUGUCGCUCAGGCUGUGCGUCCCUUCAGCUCCUCUUCGAUGCGUUCCGCCGCGAAGAUGAUCAUCACUGGCCGUCUUGCCAGUGAACCCGAGCUGAUUGCUACCGCCAGUGGCACCGAGUUCAUCAAGUACAGCAUUGCCACGAGCUACUACUCCCGGGGAGAGAAGCCGACGAGCUAUUUCAAGGUUUCGGCUUUCCCCGAGGGUCAGCAGAAGGAGUUCCUCCUCAGCCUGCCGAAGGGAACUCUUCUCUUCGUCGAAGGAGACGCGGCCAUGCGCUCGUAUGAAGACGCCAGCGGCGUCAAGAGAUCGUCCCUGAGCAUCCUCCAACGGACUCUCGAGGUUCUGAGACGCCCCUACCAGCCUCAGGAGUCUGGUGCGGGUGAGCAGGGUGAGCAGGGUGAGCAGGGUACUAACUAAGCUACAAUACCUCAUGUGCACCGAUUGUAAGCACAGUCAUCCAUCGCAUCCAUCGACACACAUACUCCCGGGUUCGAUUUCUGCUUUAAUACGAAUGGAGGCAUUUUUUGAGGGGGGCAUCUUCGCUUCCCCGGCUCCGGAGGGGAGUUGCGGUUUCUUGGGGAUUCUUGCCUGUGUUCAUGUCGAGGAAAUGGGUACAUUGCUUGCUAUUGGCGUCUUCUCCCCAUCCCUGCCCGCUAUAUCCGGUCAUGGGUUUAGACGGUAGUCCUGUCGGGUCUGCCCGCCUGUCCGCCGUCGCAUGUUGCAAUCAUGCCUUUUGUAUGUAUAGUAGGAUAUUCUUUAUGUUGCGGAAGCACUUUUUCUCG